AUGAAACAAGCAUCUUUUCCCGCCUUCCUUGCAACAGCAAUCAUCGUAGUGCAUUUUGUGGCGUUUAGGUCUGCAGCUGUCACUGCCAAUGUCGGGGGACAUGAGCCACUUGAAUUUUAUAUGCACGACAUUCUUGGCGGUGCCAGCCCAACGGCGAGACCGAUUACUGGUCUGCUGGGGAACAUAUACACUGGUCAAGUACCCUUUGCAACACCUAUAGGGUUUCUUCCCCCAGACGAUGGUGUUGCGAUCCCAAAUGCCAAUGGUGCUCUCCCUACUGUGAAUGGCAUCAAUGGGAUCCCUCUAGGGACUGGCUUGUCCGGCACUGCUUUUGCUGGAAAUCCCAACCCACAAAAUGUCCCCCAGACCCAACUGGGACCCGAUGGGUUGGGGUUAGGCUUUGGAACAAUUACGGUCAUCGAUGACGUCUUGACCACCGCACCAGAGUUGGGCUCGCAGUCAAUUGGCCAGGCCCAAGGGGUAUAUGUGGCUAGUUCGGCUGAUGGAACUACGCAGAUGAUGGCAUUUACAGCCAUGGUUGAAGGAGGAGAAUAUGGUGACAGUCUCAACUUCUAUGGAGUAUUCAGGAUUGGUAGCCCCUCGUCGCAUUUGUCAGUGACUGGAGGAACUGGCAAGUUCAAGAAUGCACGUGGGAUUGCAGAGGUGCGAUCCCUCAUUCCUCCGGGCCAGCAUGUGGCAGAUGGAGCAGAAACAUUGCUGAGGGUCCUUGUACAUCUAACCUACUGA